CUCCUGAUCAAAGAAAAAAACUACUCAAACUCUCUCUCUCUCUCCAUCUGUCUUGUAUUUCAACCUUUUGCAGGCCAAUUCUCUCUCCAUUUGUCCAUAUAACCUGACACCACAGACCCUUCCUUUCUCUUCUAAAUGCACCUUCUCUGACCUUUUCUUUCAUCCCCAUCAGUUACACUUCAAAACAAUCUCUUCUUCUUCAUAUAUAGAUAUAGUUGGAUGCUGUUUUGAGAAUUUUACGAACCCAGAUUGAGGAUUUGAAGCUAUGUUGUUGGAUCUUAAUCUUGAUAUUCUCUCCAGUACUACUGAAUCAUCUUGUUCGAGAAGAACCCAGAUGGAAGAAGACUCUGCAGAGACUUCUAAUUCUUCCAUUGUCAAUGUUGGUGAUGAAGACUCAUCCAACAACAACACUGCUUCUGUUUUCAUUUUUGACAUCUUGAAACAGAACAACCACCAUGGCUCCACCACCACCGGUGAUGAAAAAGAAACUGACUUUGGGUUCAAAUCAGAGUUGAAAUCUUCCUCUGUAAGGCCUCAAUGGCUUAAUUUAUCGUCCGUGGAGUUCCGCGGAGAUACGGAGAUGAUAACUCUUCAGCAACAACAGCAGCCAGUGAAGAAAAGUAGGCGCGGACCCAAGUCUAGGAGCUCACAGUACAGAGGAGUCACGUUUUACCGGCGAACGGGACGAUGGGAAUCACACAUAUGGGAUUGUGGGAAGCAAGUGUAUUUGGGUGGGUUUGACACUGCUCAUGCUGCUGCAAGGGCAUACGAUAGGGCUGCAAUUAGGUUCAGGGGAGUUGAUGCUGAUAUCAAUUUCACUUUGAGUGAUUAUGAUGAAGAAAUGAAGCAGAUGAGGAAUCUAAGCAAAGAAGAAUUUGUGCAAGUUCUUCGUCGACAAAGCAACGGCUUCGCUCGGGGAAGCUCAAAAUAUAGAGGUGUGACACUGCAUAAAUGCGGACGAUGGGAAGCUAGAAUGGGACAAUACCUUGGCAAGAAGUAUGUUUAUCUUGGGCUGUUCGACAGCGAAGUAGAUGCUGCGAGGGCCUAUGACAAGGCUGCUAUCCAAUGUAAUGGAAGGGAAGCUGUGACCAAUUUCGAGCCUAGAACGUACACAACGGAGAUACCAGUAGACAUGGAUAAUCGAGGCCUUGGUGAUGAUCUUGAUCUGAGCCUAAGGAUAUCGGGGUCGGAAAAUUGUUCGACGGGGAUUGACAACGUGAAGGGUUUCGAUUUUCGGUGUAAUGCCGGUGAAAUGCACAAGAAACAGAAAGGAAUGGUUGGGAAUUCUGCUUUUGUAGCCAAGAAUGGGGAACAAUCCCAUGCUUGGAUAGCAGCAUCUAUGCAUCAUCCCAUGUGGCCUAGCAUAUAUCCUGCUUCAUCAACAAACUACCGGGCGAUAGAGGCGAAGGGUGACGCGGUUUCUUCCCCGAGCAUCUUGGACCUGGAAAUGCAAAUGCAGAGCAAAAACAGUGUGAGUUUAGUCCCACAGUGCACUAAGAUUGCAGCAUCAUCAGGAUUCUCUACUUCUUCGACAAUUACUCAGCAAUCACUGCCUCCAUGGCGACCCUUUCGCUGAAUCUACAUAACCGCUCUGUCUGUCGACAAUAAUAUGUACCUUCCAAUCUGUACCUCUCAGCUCUACAAUUGUAGAAGCUGAAAUCAACAAUGUUGAGAUGCAAUGUGAUGCUUAGUGCGUAGGGAUUUUUGUGUUAUUUGUUUGGAUGUACAAUUUGUCACUUGUAAAGCAUAUAUGGUAACACAGUUGGAGAUUUGAGUGUGUUGUUGCAUGCC